AUGGUCGAACUCAGGAAACGUAAGGCGCCAGCCCCACCUCCGGUCGCAGAAAAGAAGACCAAACAAGCCCGCAAGCCCAAACAAGAACCAGAAGCUACCGAUAAUGACGCCGAAAAGGGUCCCGCGCCAAAGCUGCCCGAGGUGGAUGAUACAAUCGAUAUAGAGACAUUCGGCGGCGAGUUCGAGACCAAUGAUGGCGAGAAAACUACAUUGAAGAAGCUCCUUGAGCAGAGCAAGGCUGGUGUCGUCUUCUUUACUUACCCCAAAGCCUCCACACCUGGCUGCACCAAACAAGCUUGCUUGUUCCGUGACAACUAUGCCCACCUGAGCUCCACUGGCCUGUCUGUAUAUGGUCUUUCCGGGGAUUCUCCCAAGGCCAACACCACGUUCAAGACAAAGCACAAUCUUCCUUAUACGCUCAUGUGCGAUCCCAACUUUUCGCUCAUCGCUGCUAUCGGGCUCAAGAAAUCUCCCAAGGGUACACUUCGAGGUGUUUUCGCCGUGAACAAGGAGGGCAAGGUGUUGCUUCGUCAGCCGGGUGGCCCAGAUGCGACUGUCGACGCUGUCCAGAAGCUUGUUGCACUUGGGCCUGCGCUCAAAGAGGAAGCUAAAGAGGAGCCUAAGAAGGAAGAACCUGAGGAAGAAGAGCCUGAGAAGAAGGAAGAUGAUAAGGCCGAGUGA